GUUAUUUGUGCUCAGUGUUCAGUCCCUGCUGAGGCUUAUGGAGAGCUUGCCUUCCCUUUGGUGGCGGUGCCAGUCUGGGGAAGUGACUGGUCCCUGGCGGGCGGCUCUCCCCACGCGCAGGGGUCGCCAUGGCAACAGGAUGUCACCCCACCGCUGGGCACCGCAGAGAGGCUCCUCCCGCCCGUGGCAGGGCAGCUGGAAGCCCGGGAGCUCGCUGCCUGCAAGAGCAGCACUGAGUGGAACAAACACCCUGCCAGCCUUCAGCCAGCAAACAACCUCCUGCUGGACAGAUCAGGCUGUAAAAAACAAAAGAAUAUUUUGCGAAUAGGAAUUCAGAGUCUGGGUUCCAUGUUGUGGGGUGAUGACAUUUGUAGCAGUGACACUCCUGAAGACAUUCAUAGCCUUACCAAAUUUCUCUAUGUUCUCCGUGGCCUCCUCAGAAAAUCUUUGUCAGCCUGCAUCGUCACAGUGCCUGCUCACCUAAUCCAGAAUAAAGCAAUUAUGGAACGUGUAACAAACUUGUCAGAUAUGGUAGUUGGUCUUGAAUCAUUUAUUGGCUCUGAGAGAGAAACCAAUCCAUUAUACAAGGAUUACCAGGGUUUGGUUCAUGUACAUCAGAUUCCUCGGCUUAAUAGCUUGAUCUGUGAUGUGUCAGACACGAAGGACCUGGCUUUUAGAUUAAAAAGGAAGCUGUUCACCAUUGAGCGACUGCAUUUGCCUCCAGACUUGUCAGACACAGUGAGCCGCGCGAGCAAACAGGAUCUGGCAGGCUCCGCCAAACUGCUGAGCUCAGGAUGUGGUGCUAUGGCCAUCGGCAAGAAGCACCUGGACUUCUAG